UUACGUGUCACACUAUCCAAAUCGGCUAAACCUGACGGGGAGAGAGAGAGAGAGAGAGAGAGAGAGAGAGAGAGAGAGAGAGAGAGAGGCGAUGGAGGAAGAGGAGCACGAGGUAUACGGCGGAGAAAUCCCCGACGUCGGAGAGAUGGAUGGAGACAUGGACAUGAUGACUGCAGCUGAUGACGAUGCCGCUAAGGAGUUGGAUGAGAUGAAGAAACGAUUGAAAGAGAUAGAGGACGAAGCUGCUGCUCUUCGCGAGAUGCAGGCCAAGGUUGAGAAGGAUAUGGGUCCUCAAGAUCCUGCUACUAUGGCAGCAGAUCAAGCAGGCAAGGAGGAGGUCGAUGCUCGAUCUGUUUUCGUUGGCAAUGUAAGUAUAUGUGAUGAGACUGCAAGAUAGAAGCUAAACUGUACUCUCUCACAUUACCGAUCUAGUUAAUUGGUUUAGCUGUUUUAUUAUUUAAUCUUCAUUUAUUUAAAUUCAGCAAAUAACAAAGAGAAAGACUUGGUCUCCUGACUUGUAGGAGAACAGGCUCAACUCUCUCACGUUGAGUUUUCCUCAACUUCAUGUACCUAUUUGCUUCCUGUUUUGUAGGAACUAGUGUUCCAUCUUUCUCUAUUUUUAAACUAAUGAAAAACUAAAAAGAGGUAGUCAAAACUACCCAAAGAAAA